UGUCAAUUUUGAAGGAAAUCUGCAAAGUUCUCCACCCAUUGGAAACAGUAACUACCGAAAUGUCAGCUGAAAAGUACGUGACGAUCAGUAAAAUUAUCCCAUUGGUUCGGUUGCUAAAAAUCAGCUAUACAAGUAUGCAGCUUGAUUCUGCUGAAGCUAUGUCUGUAAAAAACAGCAUUAUGCUGCACAUCAUGAAAUAUUUCAAUGAUGUAGGAAAAAGAAAACUUUUCGCGGUCGCAACGCUUCUUGAUCCCCGAUUCAAGAAAAUACAUUUUGAAAGUCCUCUCACGGUGGCCCCCGCUAUUUCAUGGGUUGGGGAACUUGUCAGAACAGCUGCGGAAGAGUCACCUGAAUUCGAAUACGAUCUUCGGAUAUCAGGAGAGCCAGAAACAAACACCACUACCGACGACUUGUGGGCGAUUCAUGAUUCCAUGGUAGCUGAAAGCAAUCGCGUGCAUGGAGAUGACAGCGCCGGAGGAAUUCCCAUUGAACUGAGGCAGUAUUUAAAUACUACAGUCGCUCCGAGGACCUGUGACCCACUUAUAGUGUGGAAUGAAAUACGAGCACAGUAUCCAAACGUGCAUAAAAUAGCUAUGCAAUUUUUAUGUAAUUCAGCGACGUCUGUUCCUUCGGAACGUUUGUUCUCGAAAGCAGGGCAGAUAAUGACUAAGCAAAGAAACCGCUUGUCCGGUUCUAACUUAGACAUGAUAUUAUUCCUACAAUCGAUCGAUGAAAAUGUUUGGUUUUCGUAAAG